CGAGCUAUCGAUCGGAGGCGGGGAGCCAUUUUCCCGGAAGUGGGAAGGGACAAAGCAGCCGGAGCCGGGCUCUUUGCGUGUUGGUGCUUUAGAUCUCAGCUGCGGACCCUCGGAGGAAGAAUGUUUCAUGGAAUCCCAGCAGCCCCUGGGAUGGGAGCCCCAGCAAAUAAGCCGGAACUAUAUGAGGAAGUGAAGUUAUACAAGAACGCCCGGGAGCGAGAGAAGUACGACAACAUGGCUGAGCUGUUUGCUGUGGUGAAGACGAUGCAAGCUCUGGAAAAAGCCUACAUCAAGGACUGUGUCACCCCCAGCGAGUACACUGCAGCUUGCUCCCGCCUCCUGGUCCAGUACAAGGCAGCCUUCAAGCAGGUCCAGGGCCCGGAAAUCAACUCAAUCGAUGACUUUUGCCGUAAAUUUCGGCUUGAUUGCCCGCUGGCCAUGGAGAGGAUCAAGGAAGAUCGGCCGAUUACCAUCAAGGACGACAAGGGCAACCUCAACCGCUGCAUUGCGGACAUCGUGUCGCUCUUUAUCACAGUGAUGGACAAGCUGCGCUUGGAGAUCCGGGCAAUGGAUGAGAUCCAGCCUGACCUCCGGGAAUUGAUGGAGACCAUGAACCGCAUGAGCCACUUGCCCCCGGACUUCGAGGGGCGGCAGAAAGUGAACCAGUGGCUGCAGACCCUGAGCGGCAUGUCGGCUUCUGACGAACUGGACGACUCUCAAGUGCGGCAGAUGCUCUUCGACCUGGAGUCUGCCUACAAUGCCUUCAACCGCUUCCUGCACUCGUGAGGAGGGGGAGGGCGGGCUUUGGGCCUCGCCGACAGUGGCCACAUCACGAGGUUAUAGAGCCAUUGUGCCGGGGAUGGGAAUGUACAUUCCUCCCGUUGUCCCUCUGAAUGCAAGGACUCAAGUUUCCCUUCCUUUGGUGGGGGGGGGGGGAGAGAAACUCCCUCUUGUUAAUGUUUAAGUUCCAUGGCUCUCCUGUUUUCUCAUUCACUGCAUUGUAUAGUAUUUGUGUCCACUUCUCUAAGGGUGGGCUGGGGAGGGACCCUAAUAAUGCACCACGGAAGGCGGCAAACAACUGACAGCUAACUCUCUUUGCCACCUGAAGGGAUCAGUGGUGGGGCAGGUGAUCCCUGUGUGGUGCUUGUAUUUAUUUGAAUGUUGCUUUUGCCUCAGAGAGGCAGACUCUACCGGUCUGAAGCAAAUAAAAAAUCUUUCUACAGUGACAAA